UAAUAAUAAUAAUAAUAAUAAUAAUAACCAGGCUACGGUAAUGAUCAAUGUCCCACAACAUGGCGUCUUCCAGCCUGCUCUCACAAACGCAGUAAUGAUGUGGCGAGUAUGUACAUUAUUUACUAUUAAAAUGUGCAUCGUUUCAAAGAGAUCCCUGUGCUCAGCGUUCCUGCCUAACUCUUUUUCUCUUUUCCUCUUCAUGCUGCCACCCUGCUGUCCUGCUGUCCUCCUUUAACAACAGGACUGCCUUAUCCUGGUGAAAGCAAAGUUAGAAAUAUGGAGUCUGUUUACAUUAAACAGGAGGAGGUUCAGGAGUUGGUACCUGUCAGCAUUAAACAGGAGAUGCCUGAACUGGAGCCUGUCCACAUUAAAGAAGAGGAGACUGAACUGGAGCCUGUCCACAUGAAAGAAGAGACUGAACUGGAGCCUGUCCACAUGAAAGAAGAGACUGAACUGGAGCCUGUCCACAUGAAAGAAGAGACUGAACUGGAGCCUGUGCACUUUAAAGAAGAGACUGAACUGGAGCCUGUCCACAUUAAAGAAGAGACUGAACUGGAGCCUGUCCACAUUAAAGAGGAAGAGACUGAACUGGAGCCUGUCCACAUUAAACAAGAAGAGACUGAACUGGAGCCUGUCCACAUUAAAGAAGAGACUGAACUGGAGCCUGUCCACAUUAAACAAGAGGAGACUGAACUGGAGCCUGUCCACAUUAAAGAAGAGACUGAACUGGAGCCUGUCCACAUUAAACAAGAGGAGACUGAACUGGAGCCUGUCCACAUGAAAGAGGAAGAGACUGAAUUGCAGCCUUUCUACAUUGAACAGUCUGUUGAUUUGUUGUGUAAGGAUUCAGAAAACAUAUCCCGGCCAAAAAUAUCACAUCAUUGUUCUGAAUGUUGGAAGAGCUUCAGUCGAUUAGGAAACCUAAAAACACACCAGCGAAUUCACACUGGAGAGGCGCUGCAUCACUGUCCUAAAUAUGGGAAGAGCUUCAUUCAGUUAGGAAACCUAAAAAGACACCAGCGAACUCACACUGGAGAGAAGCCAUAUCGCUGUUCUGACUGCGGGGAGAGUUUCAGUGUGUUAGGAAGCCUAAAAAGACACCAGCGAAUUCACACUGGAGAGAAGCCGUAUCACUGUACUGAAUGUUGGAAGAGCUUCAGUCAAUUAGGUCACCUAAAAACACACCAGCGAACUCACACUGGAGAGAAGCCGUAUCACUGUUUUGAAUGUGGGGACAGCUUCAGUCGGUUAGGAAACCUAAAAAGACACCAACGAAUUCAUACUGGAGAGAAGCCAUAUCACUGUUCUGAAUGUGGAAAGAACUUUAGUUGCUUAAAAAGCCUACAACUACACCAACGAAUUCACACUGGAGAGAAGCCAUAUUACUGUAAUGAAUGUGGGAAAAGCUUCACUGAAUCAGGACAACUAAAAACACACCAACGAAUUCACACUGGAGAGAAGCCAUAUCACUGUACUGAAUGUGGGAAAAGCUUCAUUGAAUCAGGAACCCUAAAAACACACCAGCGAAUUCACACUGGAGAGAAGCCAUAUCGCUGUACCGAAUGUGGGAAGAGCUUCAGACAGUCAAGCACCCUAAAAAGACACCUGCAAAUUCACACUGAAGCCAGCCUCCCUCCCUCCCAGUCCCUCACCUCUCCACCCUACAUGUUUGAGUGUGUGGAGAGCUGACUAAUUCAUUCUCUCUCUCUCUCUCUCACCCUGCAGUAAAUGAAGGGGGUCCCCAGGAGUGAGAGCUAGCUUGAAUCCACAGACACAGAGAAGGGGAUCAUGUCAAACUGAAGAGACAUAUCCAUUCUUUCAGAGUGAACUGGAGAGCCCUGGGAUUCAGCUCCACUCCUGCCCCUGAAUUGGAAAUGAAUCUCACUCAUCAUGCUGUGAGGAUUUAUGACAGUUACAGGGUCAUUCUACUUAGAAGGGAGACAUUGGAAAUAUAUGCCAAGCUUUUUCUCUGAACACUAUAUAUGUUUGAUGCAACACAUUAAGCUGCCAGUAGCAUAUAUAAAGCUCUGGAUAUCAUUAAUUUUUUUUUGUAUCUUGACUUUUCGUAGUUUUUUUGUGACUUUGUAGACCUAGCCGUGAUGUAUUAAAGUAAUUUUCAUUCCCGUAACUUCGUUUCAUCCUUUCUGCGGUAGUUUAAUUAUGAAUGUUUGUUUCAAACUACUUUUGUAUACAAAUGCUUACCCUUCAUGUAUUAUCAUUUUUUUUCCUGAUUUAAGACUUCGGAUUGUGCCUGUUAUUUUACGCAUGCCUCCCACUGGUGUAGAUUCAACUAGUUGUUCAUAUGUAUGUGAAACUUCCUGUUUAAGAGUUUCAGGGCUUUGAGUUACUUUUAAAAUAAAGCACCUUAAAAUAUAAAAGAAAGCAAAAAAUGUGUUAAUAGUAUGUUAAAUAACAAUGGCAAGAAAUACAUUUGGUUUUCCUUUUAGAUCUUAAGGUGAUUUAUUAAUGAAGAGAAGCAUGUAAACAGAUCAUUGCAGAGUUCUUUAAUUAAACACAAACGGAAAUA